AUGGCCGUCCAACCCAAACAAGACCCGAUUGUGCUGGUGAUAGACUUCCACCAUGCGCGGGGCCCGGAGAUUGAGCAUUGCAUCGGCGACGAGGGAACAGACCCGGCAACUGACAAUGACUGGUCAUUGUUGCCUUUCAUGGGCUUGUCUGACGGCGCACACCUUUCGACUGAGGAGUUCUCUUACUUCACAUUGCGUCGAAAGGAAACGAGUAAUGCGCCCGCUACAUCCCUUUUCGGCAUCGCCUGCUCGCGCCAGAUCGACUCGAACCUCUUGAUCAAUCGCCCGCCCGAAGUGACUCGGUCGACGGUACAAAAGGCCGUAGUCGUGGUGACAGAUAGCCCGCAGAGGGUGGGACAACUGCGCGAGAAGUUGUCCGUGGUAACCUCGGCUUGGUUUGCUCAGCGGGAUUUCUCUGAUAUUGAUAUUUUGAAGAAAUUCCGCGAAGGCUUGGUGAUCAGUUUAUCGAACGAUGGCACGAAAGAUCAGAACCUAGGCCUUUCCCUCCGAGAAAUGAUUCACGAAUUCAAGUACCAGACGCUGGUGCUAUUCAAGGGAUUGCUGCUGCAGCCCAAGAUGCUCUUUUUCGGCACCCGUUGCGAGCGUUUAUGCAUGAUCCAAUAUUCUCUUAUUUCUUUAAUACCCGGUCUCAUCAAUAACCUCGAAGACUGUGCAGACCCAAGCUUUGACAGCUACGCAGAGAGUGUUGCGAAGCCGACUUCACUCAAAACGAGCGACCGAAGCUCCUUGUUGGCAUAUAUGGGUUUGCCGUUGCAGAUUUUUGGCAAGGGAAGCAUGUUCGGGCCUUAUACCCCUUUGCAGCAGCUGGACCUGCUAGCCGACGAUGGAACCAAGUCGUACGUGGUGGGAUCGACAAAUUCUCUGCUCUUGCAACAGAGGGACCGCUACAGCGAUAUUUUAAUCAACCUUGACGAAGACAGCAUCAGCAUCUUAUCUCUGCCACUCCGCAACGCACUGACUCUCUCGGUGGCCGAUAGGCGUUGGAUCGACCUUCUUACUCAGAUCGUCAAUGACACGUGGGAUGACGCUCAUCCAUCUCGACCUAAGACGCUUGGUUUCAUGGGCUCGGAAGAGUUCAUUCGCCUGCAAUUUGAAGAGUACCUGCUGGCACUACUAUCUUGCAUGAAAUACCACGAAGAACUCAGCUCAUUUUCCUCCGGUGACUCUGCUCACAACAGGAGCAGAGCACAGCUGCAAAAUUUCAAUAUCGAGGGCGACCCGGCUCUGGAUUUCAACUUAGACUUCCUCACCCAAUGGCAGAAGACUCCGAACUAUGCGCUCUUUUCGAGACUUACCUCCGAUGCGCUCCUAUUCUCCAUUACCGAGCCGCGACACCCGAGCGCUGGCGGCCUGACCAUGGAGGACAUUCAGCGGCGACUGUCUCAGCAAGUGGCAGAUCUUCAUCUUGACGAGCGGGUGCGUGAAGGCCGGGAAGCGCUCAACCGCCACAUCUCAACAGGCCAAAAGAAAGUGAGCGCCGCUCUCAACAGCUUCUGGGCUGAUUUCGAUUCCAUGCGUGAAGCCCAAAGAAAGCGCAACGAGGAAAAAUCCUCACAGUCGCAGCGUACUUCGAUCGACAAGGAAGCCCCCGGCUCCCCGCCACCGGCAUCGAUUGACUCUGCAUCCGAGACCUCUGGAUCCUGGUUCGGUGCUCGCCAAAGACCGUCCAUUGAUGUGGGCCAGGCGCAAGCCUCGGUGAAUGCCGCUAGCCAGAAAGCUGGUGCUUAUUUCAGCUCCUGGGGCUCCUGGGCUAGCGAGAAGCGCCGCGAGUGGCAGGACAAGCGCAGCUCCUCACCGAGUCCCAGCCUCAGCAUGACCGCAUCACCGUCUACCCCGGUCUUAUCCACCGUCAGCGAAACCGUUUUUGAAUCUGAUCGCGGCCGGCGCCGCUCUAUGCAGCGGAACAGCGAAGACGCCGAUGGCCUCACACGUAGCCUGAGCCGCCGGAAGCGGUGGAGUAACAUGAUUCUUCGUCGCGAGAGUGGCGAGUUCAAGCGUGAGGAGUCGGAUGCCGCCGACGUGCCAUACCCUAAGUCUCCCUUGUCGCAAGGCCCAGUACAUGCGGCUGAAGCUGCGAAGAAGCAAGACCUGGACUUCCAGCAUGAAAAGCAUGAAAAUCCUGCUACCGAGCAACCCGCAGAUGAGGAUGGAUUCACUUCCGUGUCUCUGGCACCUCAAGAUGGGCUAAGCAUGGACACAGACCCAGAAAAGAGUCAGUCUAUGACUGCGCCUGCGGACAACUCGACAACAGCGCCGCCUGGGAAGCACGAACAGCACCCUUCUGAACCCACCAAGAAUUCAUCCGAAGGCCUUGUUGGCACACAGUGA